AAAUUUCCAAGGCAAUGCCCGUAAGUCGCCAAGCUCUUUUAUCAAGCGCUCAUUCCAAACGAGGGCGAGCGAGGGUGUGGCUGUACUGAUACGGAAAUAGCACUUGUGGAACUCUUUCCCUUUCGUCCCAACGUAUAUAAACCUUCCUCAUCACAAUACCUUGAGCAUCCAAAGUCUCCAUACACUAUCACAUUCUCCCCAUGUUUUCUACAGCUCGUCCCCCUUCACAGUACCAGUAUGUUACCGUUAGACCCACCAUCUCGCCUCCAGCCUUGCAUAAUGCUCGCUACGCAGGAUGGGUUCGCUCCCCAAUACAACUUCCCCGUGUUGCUUUUACUAUUGAUACCUCCUUGCAUUCUCCCUAUGAGGUUACUACCACCAAUAGCCGUAGUUCAAAUUCUCAAUCUAUUCGGACUCUAUGCUUACUUGUCACUAGAAUCUCAUCCCUACGCAACUCACCCCUGCACAAAUUCCGGAGCGCAAGCAUCCGCUGAUAUAAUUGGUUAUGUUGACUCUCAACACUGCAACGUUUCUCGUCCAUGGUCAUGUAAUGGUGUUUCUGAGAUGCGUACCACAGCUCAACAUAAUACAGAUAACGCUGGGCUCAUAUAUGGCCAUUCUACACGACAAACGAUGCCUUCAAACCUCAAUAUCCAAAAGGCCUGCCCCCAUCCGUUUCUUGCGCCACCAUCCGCGCCAUUGAUAUACGACCUGCGCUAUUCGCCCACCUCUCUCCGUUUUCCAUUUCCAUCUCCAUUUGCGGGCUGCGGGUACGAAUUCCUUCGCGUCCCACUUACGUCAGAGAGGCCUAGGCAGAUACGGCUCAUCAGCCCAUACCUUCCCUGGGCGUUUGACAUCGGCUCAAGUGCCGGAGAAGAGGUUGUGACGUGUCUCGACGUUCUCUCUACUCUGCACGCUGCAUUGCAGUACCCGCUUACAGACACCGAGUGGGGAGCCGCUGGAGACGAUAAACGUGCGAGUCUCGUCAGAGCACGCGACCGUCGUCUGUGGAUACAGUUUGCAUUACAUGGGAGCUCAAAUCCUGCAUCACGGACUAGACCCACAGUGCAGCGAGAACCACUGCUACUCCGUGUCGACUGGCUUGGAUCCAGCGUUGCAUUCAUGGGGCUCGUCAAGGAUGAGGCUUUUGCGAGGAGAAGACUUGUUCCGGGUGGUAGGGAGCGCCCUGAGACGUGGGUGGUGAAGUUCCAGAAAUUAUGACACUGAAUGUUCGGAGUAAAUGUACAUCACAGCUCCCACACAUGGACACGGAGUAGGGCACUGUUGGAGAUGAUAAAUAUACUAGUCUUAUCGGAGCAUGCAAUAGCCUAAGG